UUUUUGACGCUCAAAAUUAAUUAGUAGGAGUGGCUUGGCCACGUGCUACAUCAUGGCUUCUUCAAGCUCCCCUCCUGCUAAAAAACUCAAUUUAGAGGAGGCAGGGACUGUACUUUCAAAAGAUAACAACAUCAUUACACUCAAAAAAGAUUUCUUGAAAGAACUUGACGAAGAAGACACACAAAUAGAAUCCUCUCUUCCUAGUUACCUAUCAACUAUCUAUGGUUUUCAUUCUUCAUACGACACCGCUAACUCUCCACUUUUAUUUAAUUCUCCGCCUUGUAUCUCUCAAACAGUUGCUAAGCAACCUGAAUAUGCCCCGCCCCCUGGCUGCCAGUCGUUAGUUGAUUGUAGCGUGAUUGGUCAACUUGUGUCUGUUUUGGCAAUCAUCACUCAAGUUAAUCCACUCAGAGAAAUAAAUAUGAAAAACAGCGAGAAAGUUGCCAUUGCGUCAGUCCUUCUCUCAGACCCAACCCUCUUUCACUUUAAACUAACUCUUUGGAGGGAAGCAGCCCAGUGGGCAGAGAGACUUACACCUGGUGAUAUCAUUUUGCUUUCAAACAUGCGUGUGAAGGAAUGGCAAGGGGAGAAGGUUGGACACACUGUACUGCUCACUAGACUACUUAAUAUUCACCAGUGUAAGAGGAUACCUUUAAAAAUUAGAGAUAAAAUCCCACAGUCUAUUUAUUCAAAUUUUUAUUCCUGGGCUAUAAGAGAUCAUUUCUUUUUAUUUGAAAAACAAAAUAAAGCAGAAAAAUGCAAAAUAGAUUUUAAAAGAUCAGAUGAAUUAUUUUCAGAAUCGCUCAUUCACUUUCGAGGUAAACUGUUAAAGAUUAUAUCAAAUAAAAAAGCUAAUUUAUUUUCAUAUACAGUGUUAUUAAUGUCUGACUCUCCUACAUCAUCUGUAUUAAUAAAUAUUAUUGGUCACCAGUCUCAGUUAUGGUUCAACAGAUUAAUUAAAGGGGUGGGGCUAGUCUGGGACGCUACCUACCUCAUAGUUCUUCCCGAAGGAAGUCAGGCCGGGUAUACUGUGUUACAGUCAACAAGCAGGUCUUGUUUUAAAUACUCUGACCAAUCAAAAGCACAAGAAGUUUUAAAAAUAGUAACGUCUAAUCCAGUUUCUGCUGAUACAAGGUUUGUUAGUGUAUCUCAAUUGAAUGAGGUGCGGUCCUCAGGGAUGUAUCAUGUGAAGGCGAGGGCAACUUCAAUGAGGUUUAUAAUGGAAUCAGGUAAUGAUGGUUUUGAUUUGUGUAGCAUAAAGGGAAAGACUGACAAUAAUGAGAUUGAUUAUCAUCAGUUGCUCCAUUUGUUGGAGGCUUGCCUUUAUAUUGGCUGUGGUAUAUGCAGUAGGGCUUCUAUACAGGACGCUAAUGGUGUAUACUGCUUGUGUACUCAGUGCUCAGGGAAGUCUAUUGAUGUAGUAUCAUGUAUUGGAUACUUCAGACCACUGUUAGUGACUUUGGGUACAGAAUCUUCCUCUCAUAUUGCUACUGCACCAUCUACUAUAGUUAACCAGUUACUGGCUGAUGUAUGUUCACCAGAUUCUAUUAAGAAUCUUAAUUCAUUACCAAAUGAAAAGGUGGUCUCAGUUGGUGUUGCUUUAUGUAGGCGUAUAUUGGAACUGAUGGCAGAGAGAGAUUGGGUUAUAUGUAUAGAUGCACUAUGUGAUACUAAUAGUUUCAUACUAUCAAUCAAGAGUACAGUACUGACUGUUAACCUUUGAUUAGACAUAAGCUUAUUUCUUGAAAUGGAUUUGUUUUGUCAGAGGUGUAUCAGUGUAA